GAUUUCCAGUACAGUCCGGAGAGUUUAUACAUGAGCUGAAAGGAAAGUGGGAACUCCUACAUUUCAGCACAUUUAUUUUUAUGUCAGUAUGCGAUUGAUUUAGCCUUUAAAAUUAGCGCAGCAACGAGCAUCGGAUUCCUUUUUCUGAAACGCGGAUAUCAAAGGGCGCCAACAUGAACUCCGUACUGUCAUCUGUGCGAUCCCUCAUGCAAAUGUUUGAUGGCAAAGUACAAGAAUUCACUAGCGACAUUGAUAAUGUCCACAUGGUUUGGCUCGAGGAGAUCCAACAAGAAGCCAACCGCAUGUUCUCAAGAGAUUUUAAUGCUGAACCAGAAUUAAUGCCAAAAACGCCAUCACAGAAAAAGAACAGUCGCAGGAAGCGUGUGUCUGUGGGACGUCAGGAAGAAAAUCAAGCCAGAAGAAGAUUUUCAAAGGGAAAGCGCAGUAACCUUCGUCGCUCCUCUGUCAAAUCACUGAACUUAAUUGCUGAAGAAGGGGUCAUUCCCGAGGCUUCCACCUCUGAAACCAACACCACCACACAGCCUAAACGCACCACCCGCAACAACAAACAAACAAAGUCUCAGGUGGCAGAGGAUGUGAGCCAGUCACUUCAUGGCAGCUGUAUAACUGAGGAGGUGGAGAACAAGAAGCCAGUGCUAGUAGAGGAUGAAGAGGUGGACAAAAAUAACAAGGUGGAUGCAGAAGUCAAGUCGGACUACAUAUGUAGCACUGCCCUGUCUCCACCAAAGAUACCUUCACCUGAGGUCGUUGUCAGCAUCUCUACAGCAGACCGCCUGUCUGCUGAGUUUGCCAUAAAUUCAGAGCCUUCUCCUGGCCGCACAGUUACUAAGAUUGCAAUAGCUGGCGACGCUCAAAGCUCUCGGCGGAGCUCUGUACGGUGCUCCCUUAAGCUACGUCACUCGCUGGCUGGUCUGCGGCACAGCAUGACACAGGAGUCUGUUCGCCGUGCCUCACGCCGCUCCAUGCUUAAGAGAAAGGUGGCUCGUAUGGGCAACUCCACAUGUAGCAGCAAUGUUGAUGAGGACUCUUGCAUGGACUUUGCAGAGGAAGAGGAAAAAGAGGUCCCGUUAGAAGCUGCAACUGCAGACACAGAGGAUAAUUCGGCAGGCGAAGAAUCAGUGGAAACUCCAGAGACCCAGAUUAACCAGCACAUUCAACCGUCUGUUGGACGCAUUACUCGGUCUGUGGCUGCAAACUCUCCCAAACUUGCGCCCCCAUCACUGUAUCCCGCUGAGCAAAAAAUGAGCACUCCCAACAAGAGAACAGUUGUCACUGAGAAGCCUUCCCAGUCAGGUCGGAGGUCACGCCAGAGUACCAAACGCAAAGCACCAGAUACUGUAGAGGAAAGUCCCACAAAGAGGUUCUCUCCUCCCAAGAAAAGUCAAAGCGCAAUCAGACCCAACAUGAGAUCUUUCCUUCACACUGUGCAGAAGAACCAGAUGCUAAUGAUGACUCCAAAUUCCCUUGGCCGGUCUGGUGUUAUCAAGUCCUUCAUUAAACACACCACGCCUAUGAAGACUGAUUACAAGUUGAGCGUUGGUUUAGUGACGAAAGAGCGUCAGAAACUGGAAGCUCUUAAAAAGAAGCAGGAGCAAGAGGAGGAAAGAAUGAAGAAAAUGGAGGAGGAGAAGAAAAAGAAACAGGAUGAACUUAAAAGGAAGAGGGACGAGAGGCUAAGAAGAGUGUUUGAGGCCAAAGUCAAAGAAGAGCAAAGGGACCAAGAAAAGAAAAAGAAGAUUGAGCAAAAAAUGGCUCAGAUUGAUGAGAAGAAUGAUAAGCGUCUGGCAGAGGAGAAGGCCAAAAAGAAGGGGGCUGUUAAACGUCAAGACGAGCAGGAGCAGAAGAGGAAGUUAGAAGAAGAGGCUAAACGGAAGAAGAUUCAGCAAGCUGAGGAAGAGAAGCGGCUGCAAGAGUUACUGGUCAAGAAGAAGGCUGAGGAAGAGGAACAGCGAGCUCGUAAGCUGGCUGAAGCUCGCAAAGUGCUGGAGCUGAAGAGAGAGCAGGAGAGGGAGAGAGAGGUGGAGAGAGAACGACUGGCUGCUGCUGAAAGGGAGCGAGUGGAAAAAGAAAAGGCUCUCGCUCUGCAAAGGGAACUGGAGAGAGCAGCAAGAGAGAAGGAGAGGAGAGAACUGGAAGAGAAAAAAAAGGCACUUGAAGAAAAAAAAAGACUGGAGGAGCAGCAGAGAUUAGCUGCCGAAGAGAAAGCUGCCAAAGAGAGAGAAGCUGCUGCUAAAAAGGCUGCUGAUGCACAGAACGCUGCUGCCCUGAAUAUGACUGUGGACAUGGAGCGCUCUGUAAUGUGCACGCCUGUAAGAAAAGAUGGUGGCCUCAAUGUGACUGUGGAUAUUGAGCGAUCGCCACAAUCAUACUCCAUCACUCCGAAGGGCGGCAACAAGCCUUUGAUCCCCAAAACUGCAGAAGAUUACGGGAUGGACCAAAACAGUGACGACUCCACUGACGAUGAGUCAGCCCCAAGGAAACCUAUCCCAUCCUGGGCAGAAGGUGCCAAUCUGCAGCAGAUUAUUAGCAAGCAGUACUUCAACCCUCCUGAUUUAGACUCUUUCUUCGGAACAAUUGAACCACCAAAACUGGAAAACAUCUUUUACAAGAGCAAGCCUCGCUAUUUUAAACGCACCAGCUCUGCUGUUUGGCACUCUCCUCCAAUUGGAAACAAGUAAUGUCUAUACAGCAAUGUAUAUCUGUAUCAGUGUACAAAGUUUUUAUUUUUGUUUUGUCUGUUUCCAAUAAAGUCACGUUUUUCUCUGUCAUUUCUAAUAUUAAAUUUUUUUAAGGUAUUAGGCAUCAACAUUUUAGUAAUAUUACUAGUUAUGUAAAAUAUCAUGGAUUUCAAGCGAGGAAAUGCUUCACACUUGUACUUGAAAAUGGGUGUUUAUUAUAAUCCAGUUGGGUGUGAACUUGUGAAAGUUUUUACCAAGUGAUCAGUAAAAACUAAUUUGUAUAAUGUGUGUACUGACUGUAAAUGAUAGCAAUGUGUGGGAUUUAUUCCAGUGUAUUAAAAUGGUAAGACCA